AUGACUAUUUAUUCGAGUCCUCUGGUAUCCCGUCAUCAUGAAGACAGAGCGCGCCGCGCACACCAGAGCAGUGCACAUGCUUUCCCUCAGCUAGUAUUUUAACAAACUCACACUUAGCCAAGAUGGCGGAUUCCGAUUCUUGGGACGUUGACAACUUAGAGCCAAGUGAGCCGCUGAAAAACGCCGCCGGGCUGCUGGUGGAUAAGUGGGAAGGCGAGGACGAAGACGAAGACGUGAAGGAUAACUGGGAUGAUGAUGAAGAGGAGGAGAAAGAGGAUGAGCAGAAGGUUGAACAGAACAAAACAGAGGUGAAACCUGAGAAGAAAACAUUAAGUGCAAAAAUAAAAGAGAAGGAAAACAUUGAAAAGAAAAAGCUAGAAGAGAUGAAAAAUAAGGAAACACAGAUGAGUAAUCAACUAUCACCAGAGGAGCAGCUAGCAGAGAAGCUGCGGCUAAAUAAAUUGCAAGAGGAGGCAGACCUGGAAUUGGCCCGUGAGGCUUUCGGUGUCGAUACUACUGUUAAUAUGACAAACAAUGUCUCUGGAAUUGAAGCCAUGUGCCCCUCAUCAAAAGAAGAUUUUCUUGCGUUUGAAAAAUUACUGAAAGAAAAGUUUACACAGUUCGAAAAAUCUGUGCAUUAUUCAAGCUUUUUGGAGUCACUGUUUAGAGAGCUUUGCAUUUCAUUGGAAGUAGAUGACCUGAAGAAAAUAAGUAGCUCUUUGUCGGUUCUGCUUAGUGAAAAACAAAGACAAGAAAAGGAAAAGAGGGCAAACAAGAAAAAGAAGAAAGGUGUAACCCCUGGUGGUGGUUUAAAGGCAAACAUGAAAGACAACUUGGUUGAUUAUGGUGCCUUUGAUGGUGGCUACGGCAAUGAAUAUGAUGACUUCAUGUGACAAAGGUUCAUUGUCCCCAUUCACACAGUUCCCAGACACCCCUGUACCCUUCAUGCUACUCAGUGCCAUAUUGGAGUGAAAUGGACAAUGUAUAAACCCUUUUUACUUGGUUUUGAGUGGUGACAGACUCCUCGUAAAGCUGCUAUGCCUUGGUGACAAGUGGGCAAAGCAAAUUUCUUCAGAUGACCUUGAAAUCUUAUUUUAUCUCCAAAACAGAGACUACAUGAUGUGGGACUUCUCUGGAGGCGUCUCCUCUUAUUGGCCUAAACAAGAAAGUCAAUGCCUUAUAGAGAACUUUGUUAAAAAAAAACAGUUUUGAUUGAAAGUGACUUAUGUUUUUAAAGCUGUGCAAUUUCAGUUACACAGAAGUAAAUGUGAUGUUCUAUGCAAACUUAAUUUCUUCCAUGAAUGCCCUUAUUGCAAGUGUGGUUGUGUUUUUCUUGCAGAUUAAUACGCUAAACAGUAUCACAGCAUUAAGAUUCCCAAACUUGAAUGUAAUUUAGAUUAGAUUAGAUUCAACUUUAUUGUUAUUGCACAUGUACAAGUACAAGGCAACGAAAUGUGACCUCUGCAUUUAACCCAUCCAGAGAGUAGUGACCACACGCACAGCAAGUAGUGAACACACGUACACCCGGAGCAGUGGGCAGCUAUCACUGCAGCGCCCGGGGAGCAAGUAGGGGUAAGGUGCCUUGCUCAAGGGCACCUCAGUCGUUACCCACCGGCCCUGGGAAUCCAACCGGCAACCUUCUGGUCACGAGUCCGACUCUCUAACCAUUAGGCCACAACUGCCCCUAAUUUAACAUUUACAAGCAGAAUUUUUAGCGUUUUCCAUUGCUUCUAGAGUCAACGCUGCAUAAAGAACUGAGGUAGUACACUGACUAAAUGGGUAUUAGACACUUGCAAAGUAAAACAAAACCAACACCAAGCUUGUUGAACCCGGACCUUACACAGAUCACUUAAGAAUGAAGCACCUUUUUGUUUUUUCUCAGUGUUUAAAAUGCAAUCAACUGAUUAAAGGUGCGUUAAGCAAUUUGUGAGAAACUGUUGAUAUUUGAAAUCGACACCCAAACAAACACAUCCUUGGCUAAAAGAAACACACCCCACCUUCAUUGCUCUGCUUUUUAAAUAAUGAAUGCUUGUUCUUUUUCUUCCCAUAUCAUGAGCAUGUGCACCAACUUUUACUGUUAAGGGCGUUACCGUGUUGUGUGGGUUGGUAUUAUCCACUUGUUUUUUCCUCUUAUUUACACAGCUCAGACUGUGUGGAAACAGUACUUCUUUUUAAACACGCAUGCAGAACAUACAUCUAGCAACUAUUCAUGAAAGGAAUUGUGUGGAUGUGGAUUUCAGUGUUUAACAGUUUCUCAGAAAUCGCUUACUCCAUCUUUAUUGGUGUUUGCACUUGGUGGAUUUUAAUCCUUACUAGCUACACUAUGUGGAGGUUUAUAAUUAUAUAUAGCUUUUACAGGUGUGUACAAUUAAAAUUCAGCCAAAUUAAAGUCAGGCUUUUCACUA